UCUUCAGCUGAAUUUUUUUUUCAUGGUGAUUUGAGAAUGGGGUAGUUUGAAGAAAUUGAAUUGAAUCUCUGAGCAUAAAAAGGGGGGGUUUGGUAAUCAAUGUGGUAUAUGGAGCAGAGUAGGAGGGAGAUAACAUCAAUUUUGGGAAAAUCAAAUGGGUUUUGGUUUAAUUGGUGGUUUGUUGCACCUAAUAGUUACAUUGCAACGUGAAUGGCUGAUUUGCAGAGGCCUAGUCUCGUGGAAAGAGACAUUGACCAGGCCAUCACAGCCCUUAAGAAGGGGGCACACUUGCUAAAGUAUGGGCGGAGGGGGAAGCCGAAGUUUUGCCCGUUUCGACUUUCUAAUGAUGAGUCUACCUUGAUAUGGUACUAUGGCAAAGACGAGAAACAGCUCGAGUUACGUCAGGUUUCGAGAAUUAUUCCCGGACAGAGGACUUCAAUAUUUCAGCGGUACCCUCGGCCCGAAAAGGAAUAUCAAUCAUUUUCUCUUAUAUACAGCGACAGGUCCUUGGAUUUGAUAUGUAAAGAUAAGGACGAAGCCGAGGCUUGGUUUGUCGGUUUAAAAGCUCUCAUUGCACGUGGUAGCUACAAAAAACAAAGAAAUGAGGCCAAAAACGAAACUGCCUCGUCCGAUACUCCACGUGGCUGCAGAGUUUCCCCCGCAAUUUCAUUCGAUCAGGCAGAAACACAACAACGAUCCGAAAACACUUCCCAAAGCAGAUUGGGAAAAGCAUUCGCCGACGUAUUAUCAUUUACAGCAACAACCAAGAAUCCUCAACCGCCCGACCCCCUAUCAUACCCCUCCACCUUGCUGCCAGCUGGCGCCGCAGAAAACUUAAACGCUCGAGUCUCCGGUGCAGAAACAGUAAGGGUGAGCCUCUCUAGUGCUGUGAGCUCGUCCAGUCAAGGCUCGUGCAACGAGGAUUUCGAUAACUUGGGCGACGUAUUCAUCUGGGGAGAAGGUAUCGGUGACAGAUCAUCGGAAAAAAACGACGCCCUAUUGCCCAAGGCAUUAGAAGCGGGGGUGGUUCUUGAUGUACACAACAUUGCUUGUGGUAAAAAGCACGCAGUUUUAGUGACGAAGCAGGGUGAAAUAUUCAGCUGGGGGGAGGAGGAAAGAGGGCGGCUUGGCCACGGAGUGGAAACCGACGUACCCCAUCCAAAACCCAUCGAAAAUCUUGGCGGCAAGAGCAUCGAGACGGUGGCGUGUGGAGAGUACCAUACCUGUGCAGUGACACUUUCCGGUGAUCUCUACACAUGGGGUGAUGGAUCUCUCAACUGUGGUUUGCUUGGGCAUGGAAGUGAGGCUAGCCAUUGGGUCCCGAAGAAGGUGGGUGGGCCCAUCGAGGGUUUGAAAGUCUCGUUCGUCUCUUGUGGGCCGUGGCAUACGGCCUUGCUGACGUCAGCAGGUCGUUUGUUCACGUUCGGAGACGGGACUUUCGGUGCGUUGGGUCACGGCGAACGUGGCUGCGUGAUUAUUCCACGAGAAGUCGAAGCUUUGAAGGGAAUGCAGGCGAUUCGAGUGGCUUGUGGCGUGUGGCAUACUGCAGCGGUUGUGGUGGAAGCUUCCGGAACUUCUUCUUCUAAUGAUUCCGGAAAGCUCUUCACAUGGGGCGAUGGGGAUAAAGGAAGAUUAGGUCACGGCGAUAAUGUAUCCCGAUUAGUACCUGAAUGUGUCGCGUCGUUGGCCGAUAAAGAUUUUUCCCGUGUAGCGUGUGGGAAUAACUUCACCGUUGCGUUGACUGCAUUAGGGAGAGUGUACACCGUGGGGAGUGUUGUUAGCGGGCAGCAAAAUGGGAAGAUGCCGGUGUGCGUAAAAGGGAGCAUCACCGACAGUUUUGUGGAGGAUAUUUCUUGUGGAUCCCACCAUAUUGCGGUUUUGACCGCGAAAUCGGAGGUUUACACGUGGGGGAAGGGCUCGAACGGGCAGCUAGGCCAUGGUGACUACGAAGAAAGAACUUCGCCGACGCUUGUCAAUUUUCUCAAAGACAAGCAAGUGAAGAGUGUAGCUUGCGGUUCGAAUUUCACAGCAGUUAUAUGCCUGCAUAAGUGGAUAUCGAGUGCGGAUAACUCCGUUUGCUCGGGGUGCCGUAACCCUUUCGGCUUCAUACGCAAACGCCACAACUGCUACAACUGCGGCCUCGUUUUCUGCAAAGCUUGCAGUGCAAGAAAGUCAAUAAAAGCUUCUUUGGCUCCUAGCUUGAACAAGCCUUACCGCGUUUGUGACGACUGCUUCGCGAAAUUACAGAAGGCGAUCGAUUCUUCUAAACUUGCUAGUGUGAAGAGUGAGAAGGAUGCUCGUUUGCCGGGGAAUAAUGUUUCGAGGCUGUCUUCGGCUGAGUCGUUUAAAUCGGAUAGGCAUUCAAGUGAUAAUAACAACAACCGUGUGUUUGCUCUACAGAACGGGAGUUCGAGUAAUGUGCAGAGGCCUAGCACUUCUUCGAAAUCGCCCACAAGCCCUUUUGGAUCUUCGCAGGGUUCUAUUUCGUUUUAUCUUCCGGAAGUUUCUAGAUUGCCUUCUCCGAUAAUUGGGAGGACAACCCCUCGGAGGUCAACCACACCUUCGCCAUCUCUGUCUUUUCGCACGUCCGAAGCAAAUGCAGACGAUAUCAAGAUUUGCGGUGAUAAUAGUUUAAGUCUUGAGGUGAAAAGUUUAAGGGCACAAGUGGAAAAACUUACGAGCAAGAACCAACUUCUAGAAGCUGAGCUGGAAAAUAAAACGGAGAAGCUGAAGGAGAUGAAGGCACGGGCGGUGGACGAAGCGGAGAAGAGCAAAGCGGCGAAAGAAGUGAUAAAGUCACUCACUGCUCAGUUGAAAGAGAUGGCUGAAGGAUUUUCAGAGGAUGCUAAUAACAACGAGCAAACGGCAAAUGAUGCUAAUAAUCGGCCGUCCAGUGGGAGCAGUGUCACGAGCGUGACAUCGCCCAAGAGUGAGUCGAGUAGUGACAAUUCAACGACUAUACCACUGUGUAAUGGGACUAAGGCUCAAGCACAGAAAUCGGAAAAGAUUUUACAAGACGAGCCCGGCGUGUACAUAACUCUCGUUUCCUUACCAGAUGGUGUCAAUGAACUUAGACGAGUUCGUUUCAGCCGGAAAAGGUUCACAGAGGAUCAGGCGGAGAAAUGGUGGGCUGAAAACGGAACGAGGGUAUGUGAGCGGCACAACGUCAGAACUGCACAGUAGAAACUCAAGAUGGCUUCUGUUUUGUUGUUAUUAUAAAUUUCACAUCUUUGGUUUUGGCUGGUGUCAUGUCAUCUUUGAGCAGUUCCAAUUUUUUUGUUUUUUUUUUCUACAGUUUUUUCUUACUAUAGUCAGAAUUUGUUGGUUUAGCUGUAAAGUUCGAGAAAUUUUCGAUUACUCGCGAGUUCUUUAUCGAUGUUAUUUCUUUCA